AUGGAGAAAGCUCAAGCACAACUUCUGGUAAACAUCCACGAAGAGAUUACAAAACGUACUUUCACUGACAUACAAAUUAUAUGUAAAGACGGAACAACGACCGGAAGCCGUAUUGUCCUUGCGGCGAUGUCUUCGUAUUUCCGGGCCAUGUUCAGUUCUGAUAUGUCAGAGAGUCAGACGGGCGUCUUGAACCUUCCCACGGUGUCGCUAUCAGUGUUCGAAGAUAACCAAAAUGUGUUUGUGUGGAAUCAAUCUAAAAAUGUUGUUCAGCUGUCAAAGGACGAAUUGCUGGAAAUAAUUUCCAAAGAAGAGAUGGAAUGUACAGAAGACAUCAUUCUGAAAGGCGUCAUGAAGUGGAUUGAGCAUAAUAACCCGGAACCAGAUGACGUCAAAGUUAUUUUUGAAAACGUGCGUCUCGAUAUUGUAGAUUCACAGUUUCUGAUUGAUGACGUCACAUUUUCAGACAUUGUUUGUAAAAACAAAUUUGUCCAGGUAAUGAUACAAAAAGUGCUACGUUCACAAUGUCAAGUAUCGGCUCGUUCAAGGGUCAGUACUAAAAUACGUGAUGUCUUCGUUCUCCAUCAUAACAAGACGUCACUUCUGUCUCGUUUUACGUCAGACAACAAGUGGGAGGACGUCCCACCAGCUCCAGUAGAUCCUGGAUAUUUCUAUUCAGCAGCAGGUUUGGACGACAAGAUCUAUAUCACUGGUGGAUAUAACAGGAGGAAAGACACAUUAAUUUAUGACACAAUUACGAAAGUGUGGACAGUAGGUCCAGAUCUCAAACAUGAUCACUGCCAUCACUGUAUGUCCACAGCUAACUCUAAAGUGUACUCGAUAGGUGGUUACUAUAGUAACACAAUAGAGGAAUUGAGCGAGAGUGAGACGCACUGGCAGGCUGUUGGAGAUUUGGGAUUGAGACGAUAUAAUACUUUCCCUGUUACAGUUGGUGAGAACAUUCUCGUUAUGGGAGGAAUGACAGACUCAUUCGGGUCAGAUGUUAUCCAGUGUUUUAACACCAGAACCCACACUGUCAGACAGCUGAACACAAAGUUACCUUGUAGCUCUAAGUUACUAAGAGGCUUUGUUCACCUCCCAGACGUUUAUCUGUUAGACAACGACGGCCACAUGAUGCAUCUCCAGGUCACCAACACGGGUGGAGAAAUCAAGAUUCAGGUUAAAUCCACACCGCAAUGGAAAUCAUUGAAUUUUCGCUUUGGUGUAACACACAGAAAUGGAAGCUUGCUGUGUUUUACUGCAGAUGCCAUCAGCAAAUUAAACGUCGCAGAAGAUAAACAAGAACAGACUACAUUCCCUAAGUCACCUGGAAAUGGCGAAGUGUACGAUGUGUGCACAAUGUCAUCUGGAAAAACAUCGUGA